UGGAUGAGAGGGCCACAAAACUCUGCGCCUCAUAAAAGGAGGCUCUGUUAGGUGCAGGAUCCUCAAAACAGCCUCAAGCCUCUGCAGCCAGUGUAUUUGUUUAUUCUUUUCAUUUGUCUUCUUCAAAAAAACGUCAACGUACAGUAGGUCGCGUAUAAUUUAAUUCGAAAGCAACAAAGCUGAUUUCAGCGUUGGACAAAAAAUGACGGUGGAGCAGAGGAUCGUGCUCUGCUGAGCUGGUCGGAAGCACCCCGAGUUUUGCCUUGAGAAGGGGGUGUCGGGUGCUCCUUAUUCCAUGAUUUAUUCCAGUACCCCUUUCCCUUGUUUUCCGGGGACUGACUUUAUUCCCGACUGGAUAUUUGGAUUCUGAGUGCUGUACUUCACAUCUUGACAAUUACACAUUUGAUCAAUGUCUCGGUUUCUUUAACUCCAGGUAAAACUGUCGAGACCCUACUGGUAAUUAACCGGUAUUUCUUUUCUCAGAAGUAUCCAGUCGACCUGUUACACAGGUGUGCUGGGAGCCCGGACGGAGCCGCACAGCGCAGACAUGUCCUGCGUCCGGAGAAGCCAAACGGCCCGUGUUCCCACCAGAAGAAGACAAGACGUGAGAAUGACACCGUUUCGGAAACAGGCCGCAAGUGCACCGGCGAGAUGCUCGGCUGAAGGGACGAGAAAGGGAUACAGAGAAGUUGUAGCCCUCCCUCCGCUCGUCAAGGUCUCGUCCUCCCUCCCUGUGUCUCAGGACGUUAGCAACAGUAUUCAAAAUUCAUCCCAGAAACUUCAAGAUCUGUUCUUCGCUCCUCACCUUAUUAAGCCCCACAGGGCAUUUCACAGACCACCGGACUCCAAGGCCGUGGGGGACAGGAAGCUGAACAGCCACUGGAAUGUGCCUUAUAAAAAAGUCAGUGUGGAAGCACAGUCGCAGAUCAAAGCUCACCUACGGCACCAUUUCCACAAUCGACAUGGAAAAAGAGGUGACCAGCGAGGAGACACCUUUACAACAGCAGCAGACAAUGGCAAUGAAACGCUAUAUGUACUGAAAACUGAAAGCUUUUUAUUAAAGGACAGGGGUUUAAAAACGUUGCUAGAUGAAGAGGACCAGCAGGCUGUUGUUGAGAUUCCUUGCAAGUUAUUCCAGAGCCUCACAAUGCUGCAGGAUCACAGAGAGCUGUUGGAGAGCUGCUACGCUGGAUCCCCGGGAACAAGCAGUGACUGGACUGUCAGCUCGGAGUCACUGCAUCCAGAGGCUUCAUCACACACCCCACUGCCCAGCCUCAAAGGUCUCCAUAAAGCAACUUUACCAAACGCAGACAAUGCUAACUCCAGCCGCGAGGCCAAAGGGAGGCAGUUAUCGAGUGAGUGCAAGACUGACCUCCUGCUCUCCGACGAUGACAAAAUCAGAGACAUAAUCAGAGGAAAUGUCAGGUUACCUUAUUCUGCGAAGAAGAAGAGAUUCAUGAUCUACAUUUGCGGGGGAUAUAGAGAUACGGUGGCAGAGAGAGAGGCGUUGAUGGCCAGUGUCUAUCCUCAGCUUUACCUCUACUGCAAGCAGCGGGGCUAUGACUUCAAGAUGAUCGACCUGCGCUGGGGAGUGGAAGAUGCCGUCAGCGACUCUCACAACACCGUGGCCCUGCACUUUGAAAUGCUCAGGCAGUGCCAGGAGUCCGAAGGGCCACAUUUUUUUUUAUUCACAGGUCAGAAGCAUGAUGCGCAAAUAUUGCCUACCAGGAUCUCCAAGACAGCCUUUGAAGCCGUUCUCAAUGUUAUCGAAAGAAAGAGGCUGGAGAUGUCACGAAGGAGGCUCUCGAAAGAAGACAGGGAGCUGAGCUCUCGAACCAGUGUCCCACAAAGCAGUGUAGAAAGUCUUUCCACUGAUACAGAUCACACAAGGCAACAAGAAAACAACUCACAGCUUUUAGACAAGGACAGCCUUUCUCAGACUUCCUUGCCUAACCAGGACAAGUUAAUCUUUUCUCAGAUGGGAGCAAAAUCUGUCUCUGAUUUUGAAAAGGAAAUAAGCCUCCUUCUUCACUGGUACAAGCUUGAUGAGAACUGUAAACCUGCUAUGUACUGUCUUCUGCCAGUCAGCACUCACUACAAAGACUUUGUCAGUAAAGACCCAUCGAGAAGACAGCAGGCGAAGAAGACUUGGCUGCACACGUCUCAGAAGCUCUGCAAGGCCCUCCAGGAGAACAGCCCUGCAUCUGGGGGAGAGAGCAGCACCUCCUCUCUCCUGAGGACAGUUGUGGACGUUGAAGUUGCACAGGGGCUUCAAACAGCUGGUCCCCCUGAAGAACACUGCCACUGGUAUAAGAGAACCAUAACGGACAUCAAGUACAACCUGGGAAGUGAGAAGGCAUCGGACUACAUCGAUAUCUUAACAAGCCAACCAGAAAUAAAUGAAACUCUGUAUGCGGCCCACCAGAAAUUUAUGGACAGCAUACAUGCAAAGCUACGUCAUACGAACAUCUACGAGUACAGUGUUGGCUGGGGCCGAGCUGGGAUCAGCCCCCAGCUCAACAGGUCCCACCUCUACUACACCCAGAGCAUCUGCAGCCACUUCCAGAGAACUGUCCUUGCUCACCUGAACAGGCUUAUAAGGUCUAAGACAUCCAGGGAAUCCCCUGAUGUCAGGAGAGGAGAAAUGUUUAGAAGACAGACUGAGGAAGAAAUUCUACUGCAUAUUCACCACAGACAUGCUCUAGACGGACGUUGCGCGCCAGGGGAGUCCGUUCUGGUGGGGUUGAGAGAGGUGGUGCAGAGUGCCAGCUGGGAGCCGGUGGUCCUGCUGGGGGAUCCAGGAUCUGGGAAAAGCACGAUCAUGGCCAGAGUGGCCUCUCUGGCCUCCAGCUGGGUGCCAGGAAAUGUGAGGGUUCUUGUCCGUUUCAUUGGAGUCACUGGAGAGAGCAGAAAUGUGCGUUUGUUGCUUCAGAGCCUGUGUUUCCAGCUAUGUGAGGUGCACAAUGUGCCCGCCAGUUUCUCCCAGAGUUUGGAGGAGCUCUCGAACAAGUUUCUGUCCCUGCUUGAGCCUGUGACCCAAGACAGCCCUGUCGUGAUUGUUCUGGAUGGACUUGAUGAGCUCUCUGAGGAGCACAACUCGGACAUCUCCUGGCUCCCAGCUUGCCUUCCAGAGCAUGUGUAUCUCAUAUUAUCCGCAUCAACAGAGUCCAGCUGUGCAGAACUACUGAAGAGGCAGGCCACAAAGCCGCACUUCCUGGUUGUGAGCCCUCUAAGCCAAGCAGACAUCCACCGGACGCUCCUUAGGAAGCUGGAGAGGGACGGCCGAAGUGUCCGAGCUGACCAGUGGAAGCUCCUAACGGAGGCCUGCGAGUCCUGCCCCUGCCCCCUGUAUCUUGAGAUCGCCUACGCGGAGAGCCGGCUGUGGACCUCCUUCGCCGCGCCGUCGGGCACGCGUCUGCCGGGGGACCUCCCCGGGCUGUACCAGGCCGUCUUAGCCAGGCUGGAGAAGGCCCACGGCGAGCAGCUUGUGAGGAAGUCCGCGUCUCUCGUCACGCUGUCCCGGAACGGGCUCCCGGAGGAGGAGCUGAUAGACCUGCUGUCCCUGGACCAGGCAGCCAUGCGGGAGGUGGAGCUGUCCCACAGGCCCUCUGCUCCCAGGCUGCCUUAUGUCCUGUGGGCGAAGCUGAGGCUGGACUUCGGGAGUCACCUGACGGAGCAGAACACAGACAACACGUACGUGCUCAACUGGGCACACUCCGCCCUGAGGCAAGCAUGCGAGCAGAGAUACCUGAAAUCCAAGGAAGUCCGGCUCUCCAUUCAUGCUGAGUACGCGAACUAUUUCUUAGGGAAGAAAUCGCCCCAUCCUGGCAACAGUGCAACCACACAUGUCUUCCAGCCUCUGGCGUGGGUGCUGGAAAAAGACUCGGUAAAGAACUACUUCUUCAACCUCCGGAAACUUCAUGGAGUGCCGUACCACCUAAUUAAGUCUGGGCAGGUCCCAACGCUGUUGACCGAGUGCCUAUUCAACUAUGAAUUUCUGCUGCACAAACUGUGGGGCUUGUCCAUUAUUGAUGUCGAAGAGGAUCUGAAGGCAGCCGUUACUCCAGAGAAGGAACUGGCCGACGUGUGUGUGCUGAGCGAGGCUCUGGAGCUGUCCCAGCAGACCCUGCUUCAGGACCCGUGCCAGCUGGCCUCCCAGCUUGUGGGGCGUCUGCAUGAGGUCCUCUCCACUGACCGCCCAGUGGCGCCCGGUGAUCCCAGGAAGUUCUCGCACCUUCACUCCCUGCUGUCCCAGUGCUAUAGCUCCUCAGUGCCUGUCCUCCUGCCCUCGUUCACCUGCCUCCUGCCCCCAGGAGGACUGGGCCACCGCCUGCUGGCAGGCCACGCCGGCGGGAUCACUGCAGUCGCCGGAGCAAAGGAGGAGCCUGUGGUCGCCACAGCUUCCCGAGACCGGACGCUGAAGAUAUGGGACCUGAACUCCGGCCGAGCAGUGAGAACCGUCCGGGGCGUCGGGAGCGGCGUCGACUCCCUCACUCUGUGCCUGGGCAACACUCUGGUGGCACUGACGGAGAGGAGGACCCUGCAGGUGUGGCACAUCGCUUCCGGGCAGAUGGUCUUCUCGGAGAACUCCCUUGACGUCCCAGUGGCCACGUCUGCUUCCGACGGGCAGCUGCUCGUGGUGUUCUAUGACGGAAGUCAGUCCCUGAAGGUGUUUGAUCUGGCAGCCUCCUGCAGAUUGCUCUAUGAUGUGACCAUCACUCCCGAUGACAACCCUAUUCACAAAGACCGCUCCAUCCUGGUUUCUCGCGGCUCUGUGAAAGAUUAUGUCCUGUUUGCCUAUAGGAGUGCCAAGGGGGCCAUGGUGCUCAGCGCCAGGAAGGCAGAGGUCGUGACAAAGCUGGUUGCCCAGCAGACAGCGGCCUCUGUCCAAGGAGUCGAAGUGACUGCAGACUACUUCCUGCUCUUUUGCAGGUACCCGUACCUGAGGCAGAAUGAAAUCGUACACAUCGAGCUGUUCAGCACCAAGAGUUUUGCAUAUCUGCGCUCCAUCAAGGGGUGCAGUAGCGACCCUUUCUCUGACCUCAAUGUGAACAGACUUGGCUCCCACGUUGUGGCGUUCUGCCCUUCAGCCGCUACUGGGACCAGCGAGAUUGUCACCUGGAACCUGGAGACAGAGGACCACAAGCACAUGGUGAAAUCUCCUGGCUUGGUUAUGGCAGGUACUUGCUCUGACCUUCGGUUCUGUCUGGGAGUGUGCAGCAACGAAAGCUACAUCCGAGUGUGGAAUUUAGCCUCUAGAAUCAACGAUCAGUCUCUCUGCUACAAUGUGUACAAAGUGAAAAGUGAUGGGGCCGAGGAUGUUGUUCCCAUGAAGAAAUAUCCCCGGUACGUUGUGUGGAGAAGCGUGACGCCUGGCACGGUGAGCGUGUGGAAGCUGGCGGAGUCGGGCUGCCGGGUCAAGCGGUUGAGCUUGGAGCGCGGGCUGUACGAAAGCGCCGACAUCGCCCUGGUCAGGGACAGGAGGCUGUUCAUCCUCACGGACAGGGGCACGGCCAGCUUCACAGACACCCCAAGGCCCAUCUUUCAGACACUCUUGAUCUAUGACCUGCUAAAGAAGAAGUACAUUAAAAAGCAGACUGGUCUGUACAUCAUCCCCUGUCAAAAGCAUGAAUACAGGAUUUUAGAUGGAGACCUACUGCUGGGACUUUCUGAGAACAGAGACCAUCUGAUCAUCUGGGACCUUGAAACAGGAUUUAUCAAAAGCCGUUUAAAACCAUUUCACAAGGAGCAGUCACUUGUCUCCUAUGCAGCAAACACUGUGUUCGGCUCUCAGGAGAGAGACAGCGAAGAGCUCCUGUCCAAAGUGAAGAGAACAAAAGCCCGCAUGACUCCCUGGGAACGUCGGAACGAGACCCAAACAGCGAAGCAGAGGAGGCUGGAGAAGGAGCUGGAAAGGGAAAGAGGAGAGCUCCAGCAGCUCUCCAAUGAGAAGCACAAUGCCAUUGAUCUGUACCUCCUCAGCGGGGACGAGCAGAUUUUGGUGUGCUCCUAUUUCGCGCACCACCUGAACGUGUUCAGCCUGGCCACGCGGACCCACACCCACACGCUGGAGGACCGGGCCUCCCUGCUGUUCCUCCACAGUGCCGCCCUCACUUACAGCGGCAGCUACCUGGCCAUCUCGAACUACAGCGACACAGAGAAAACCAGCUACGUGACACUGUGGGACUUACAGACCGGAAAGGUGCGGAAGCGCUUGAAGAACGAGCCCAGGGUGGGCUGCCUGGCGGUCACGGACGACGCGAGCAGGCUUGUCUUCGGCGUCAUGGAGGCCAACAAGGUUAAAGUUUGGGAUCCUUUCCGAAAAGCACACAAAACCAUUCCUGGUUACGAAACCCUGGAAAUGGGAGUGAACAGUAAACUGCAUGUUAUAGACGAAGGAGCAAAAGCAAUUUUACUAGCAGGGGACGUCAGCACGUGGGACCUCGACGCCGGCACGGUUCUGUCCGUCUUCACGCCCGACAGCAACAUCCGGUGCCUCUCGCUGGCCCAGGACCGCAAAACCAUGCUCCUGGGGCUGAGCGACAGCCCGGCGCUCAUCGCCAUGGCACUCGUGUCCAAGGAGAUCGCAGAAAAAUCCUCCUGCGCGGGAGCAGGCCUCUUCGCGGAGCAGUCGAGCACCAGCGAGGAGGAGGAGGAGGAGGAGGAGGAUGGCAAAGACGCAUGCUGAAUUGUGUACAUGAAAAACAGCAAACCACACAGAGCCCAUCACUCCAGCCUCUGUCACAGCGGGAUGGGGAUGACAUUUUCAUCCAACAGAGGAGCAGUUCUACUGUAUCCUACUCUCUGCUGUCCUGCUAGAAGGCACAGUUCACUUUAUCAGCUUACAUUUUUUCCCAAAUGAUGAUGAAAUAUACGCUAAAAAUCCUCCCUUAACUUUACUGGAAAGUAUCUGUACAAUCAGGGUUUUUAUUGCAGUUCACUUACCUUCUAAGAUGUAUUUUCUAAAAUGAGAAAUCUUCCAGUUUAAAGUAGAUCUCACACACACACACACGGCAGCAGGAUGGCGCAGUGGCAAGCACUGCUGCCUCGCAGCACUCCAAACAUGGGGUGCUCUCUGUGUGUGUGAGAGUGUGUGUUCUCCCCCUGUUCUUGUGGGGUUCCUCUGGUUGCUCCCGUUUUCUUCCAACUCGCAACCAUACCGGUGGGCGGAUGAGCUUCAGGGAGACUCGGCCGUGGUGCCCCGUGAUGGACAGGCGUGUACCCCGUCUUGGGCCUGCUGCGUGCCAGGAUAGGCUCCAGCUCCCCCGUGACCCUAGAUUGGAAGAAAGGUUAGGAGACGGACGGAUGGACAGUUUAUGUCAAGUGUCGCAGCAAUAAAAAGCCUUUUUUUCAUGCUCGAAUUAAUUAAAUCAUUCUAACUCUUCAGAAUUUGGGUUUCAAAGCCUCUUGCUUUUCACUGGGUACCAUAUCAAACAGUUAAGUUGUUGCAGGGUGUCCUGAGUCAUGGGGUUUAAUUUAACAGUCUAAAAUGAAAAUCAAAUUAGGUGUAAUAUUUCUUACCACAUGAAGUCACUCAACAGAAUAGAAUCAAUUGCGGUCUUCAAUAGAAAACGGCUUUGCUCCUGUCCAAAACUAUUUAGCCAUCCGUUCUUCAGUCCUUCCGUACAUUUUCAUCCAAUACAGGGUCACAAGGGAGCUGCUGCCUAUCCCAGCAAGCAACAGGGGCAAGGCAGGAGAACCUCUGGCUGGGACAUCACAGGACAGCCUCCUAGUCUUGGACUCGAUGCAGCACAGCUCACUUUUAAAGCACUGAUUACUAAAUGACACUUAAAAUACAUCUUUAAAAAUACUAUUGGAUAUGAGGAUUCUUUCAUACUAAGAAAUGAAACAGUUAAGGAAAUGUAACCAAUUAAAGGUGUCCUCGGGAAGCUUUUCUAUUCUAAAUUAGACAUUUCUCAACAAAAGAGUUUUAGUUACAGCCUUAGCCACAGUCCAGCGAAUUGAGUCCUAAGUUUCCUAAGAGAAUGUUCCAGUCAAAGACUAAAGACAGCUUCUUCAUUAUUCAAAAUCAAUGAAUGAUCUGGCUUUGCCAAGGAGCUGUGUUUUGCUGAGAACCCAUUUAAACCACUAAUGCCUCUCACAGGAGUGGCCUGGAUUGAUUUAAGCAUUGACAGACAACAGAAUUCACUCUUGGUUGCUAAUUAAAUAGACCUAAUAUUGGGAUGCCUAGAUGGGUACAUAUCCGAACACAGUGAGAUAUUCCAGCUGAGACUAAUCGACAACAUAAGACAUGAAGAGCACUUGUGAAAAAUGAGAUGAGGCCGUUUGCAUUCUUGAGGAUUACUACACUAUCCUUCCUGAAUUUACUUUGCUUAUUUUUUUAUUAUUUCUUAAUCAUGAGUCAUAAAAUACAAUAAAUAUAAAUGAUGAUAGACUUUA